UGCUGUCUUGUGCGUGAAAAUUAUUUGGUUCCUUCCUUCUCUCUUCACACACAACAACACAUCAUCACGAUGCCGAUUCCCAUCUUCGGCGAGGUCUACUACAACGGCCUUGGGGCUGUGCCGGGACUUCUUCCCGUGCUAAAGCUUGUGCCUUGGCUAGCUGUGCUGUAUAUCCUCAAACUGUAUUUCAACGGCACCUAUAACGAGAAUGUGCGGGUUAUGCAUGGCAAGGUCGCCAUCGUCACAGGUGGAACAUCAGGCAUCGGCCGACAAGUAGUGGAGGACCUCGCCUCACGCGGCACCCAGCUGAUCCUCCUCGUCAAAGACACUACCGACAUCUUCACUGUGGAGUACAUCGAAGACCUCCGCGAGCGCCACGACAACCAGCUGAUCUACGCGGAGCAAUGCGACCUCUCGGACCUCUACUCUGUGCGUCAGUUCGCGACAAAGUUCAUCGACAGCUCGCCACCCCGCCGUCUCGACAUGGUCGUCUGCUGCGCCGGACUGAUGGCGCCGCCGUAUACCCCCCGGACCACUACGAAAGACGGGGUGGAGUCGCAUCUAGGCAUCAACUAUCUCUCGCAUUUCCACCUCUUGAACUUGCUCAGUCCGCUGGUUAGGGUGCAGCCCCCAGAUAGGGAUGUUAGAAUCAUCCUGGCGUCGUGCUCUUCGCACAUUCUCGGCGAGCUGGAUCUCAACGAUCUGCAGUUCCUGCGUAGAAAGUACCCUUCGUCCCGUCCCUGGAAGUGCUACGGCGCAGCAAAGAUGGCCGUUAUGAUCCUUGGAAUCGAGUUGCAGCGCCGCAUGGUGGGCUACAAACGCCCCGAUGGUGAAAAGACAAACGUUAAGGUCUACAAUGUCGAUCCCGGAAUGGCGAGGACCCCCGGCACGAUGAGAUGGUUGUCGCUGGGAACGCUCUGGGGAUUGGCGCUGUACAUCAUCAUGUGGCCCGUCUGGUGGCUCGUGCUCAAGAGCGGUGAUGCAGCUGCGCAGUCGUUCUUGGCCGCUGCGAUGAGUAGGGACUAUGCCGACAACGAGGGUGGGAAGCUGAUCAAGGAGUGUAAAGUCCAAGCCUACCGCAAACCCGAAAUUGCCGAUCCCACAGUCGGCAAGCAGCUCUGGGAACUAACCGAGAAGCUUAUCGAAGGGCUCGAGAAAGAAUCCGCCAAGAAACGCGCGGCGGCAAAGAAAGCUUCCGGCUCCGUUGAGGAAAUCGUCGACGAGGCGGAACAGGAUAAGGAGCUGAAGGAGAAGCUGCGGAAGCGAGCCGCCGAGCAGGCGCGCAAGAAGAAGCUGCUGGACGAUCUCAUCAAGGAGGAGGAGGCGAAGGGUGCGAUGUUGGAUUUGCCGCCAAAGGUCGUGCCAAAAGCGGCGCCGAGCCCCACACCUGCCCCGGAACUCACGGUACCUGAUACCCCCGCGAGGAACACUAGGAGUAGGAGCAAGACUCCGGCUAUAGCCGCCCGCGAGGAGGAGACAAGUCCGAUUAGACGCCCGGAGACGUCCGGGACGGCGAAGAGCGCGGCGAAGAGGCGGACGAGGAAGGCGUAGAUGUGGUGUUUCUCUCUGGUUUCUUCUCCCUAGAUAGCUGGCUGGGUAGAUGGAUGAGGGUGCAUGGGAUGGCGUACAUAUUUUUGGGUUGGGUGUGCUUGUUUGCUUGCAAUAUAUUAUUAUGAUAGACUACAUGUACGCAUCCUGACGAAUAGAUGACUUGCAUGAG